GCCGUCACAUCAUAUUAUUCGGACCCUUUGGAGUGCACAUAGCAUCUGCAAAUCAUGCGGUUCAUCGUCGAGAGCGGGAUGCCGUUCAACAGCACGAAGCUUGAAAGCUUCAAACGCAUGUUCACGAUGAUAAUCCCGCUGGGGGUUCCACGGGCGCCCGCGCCUAGACUUCCCUCGUACCACAUGCUGCGCACGACCCUUUUGGACGAGCUGGAUGGUGAGGUCCAGAAGUGUGUUCGGCCGGUGCUUGACACGUCGAGAGAGACCGGUUGCACAAUCAUGACCGAUGGUUGGACCAACAUCCGUGGUCAGACAUUGUGCAACUACCUUGUUGGUACAGAGAUCGGGGUGGUGUAUGGGUCCACCGACGUCAUGCAUGGCAAAAAGGAUGCCAGUGCCCUCGCGAACGCAUGGUUGAAAAGGGUGAAGUCCAUGGACGUUCAAUUGAGCGACAUCACGGCGUUUGUGACGGACUCCGUUGGGGUGAACGUCACGGCGAUGGAGGUAUUCCAAAAAGAUGAGAGCGUGAAACACAUCUUCUGGAUUCCUUGCGUCGCCCACAUCAUGGAUCUCAUUCUCGAGGACAUCGGUGGGAUUGAUUGGGUGGCUUCCCACAUUUCUCAAGUGAGGCUGGUUACAAGGUUCUUCAAGCGCCAUGGACAUGCGAGAGAGGUUCUUGAGACGCACUCGACGAAGACUCUUCUGCUACCGGCGGAGACGCGUUUCGGCACGAACGUCAUCAUGAUGGAGAGGCUGGUGGCACUGCGGGCCGCGUUGACAGAUGUUGUGGCCGACGAUCGCUGGCGCGAGACCGUUUGGUCGACCAGCAAGAUCCGCAAGGAUGCAGCGGAGGUCACUACAUGUAUCGGCUCCCCUCCAUGGUGGGAGGAUUUGAGAGCUCUGUGCAAGAUGCUAGAGCCCAUCAUGGGCAUGCUGAAGUUGGUGGACAGCGACACACGCCAGAUCAGCAAGAUUCUGCGACGUUACGAGGAAAUGAUUGCAUCUUGUUUAUCCGCAUGUCGUGACAUUGAUCGGGAGCAGCAGGACGCUAUUGUGGAGGUGUUCCACAGACGGCGCACCAUGUUCAAGACCCCCGCCCACACGGCAGCCAUGCUGCUAGAUCCAGAGUUCCGAUACGCGACGCUUUGUGACGAUGCGGAGGUGCAGCAGACCUUGGUCGAGGCCCUUGUCCAGUUCGGCUACCCGGAGGAUUCGCCGCAGCACCGGGAGGUCCAACGAGCGGUCGCCAAGCUCCACAUGAGGGAGCCCCCUUUCGAUGAGCUCACCAUGAUCCUUCUUAUAUGGGCGACUGCCUCACCGUGCGAGAGAGCGUGGUCUCGUUGGAGCUUCAUUCAUUCGAAGUCUCGCAACGGGUUGGAGGUUCCCCGGGCUGAGAAGCUUGUGCGUUGCCACUGGAACCUCAGGCUACUCGAUCGACCUUCGUUCUGCGACGAUGGUGUUGGAGAGAGGCCCGGCGUCUUCGGGAAAUGGGAGCAUUAUUGGCAGGCCGUGGAGGACGAGGAAGCCGUGGACCAGCAGCUCGUCAGAGGCACCGGUGUUCUGGCGAAGGUGACCGAGGAGGAGUUGAGCCUCGCCAGAGAGAGGAUGCGCGCCAUUUCCCGCAUGGGAGCCGAGCGUCGGGUGGCGGAGUCGGACAGGAGGCGACGCAGGGCCGGUGGUCGGGGACGUGGCGGCCGUGGACGAGCAGGUGUCGGAGGAUGUACACGUGGCAAUGCGGGUUCCGCUCCUCGAACUCGGCGACAACGGACGGAUGGUGGCAUUCGCAGGGCCCACAUGCGCUGGGACGAGGGUGACUUCUUGUUCGACAGCACAUCCAGCGACGACGACGAUUUCUUUGCGUCGGGAACACAUGCAUCCACGGGUGAUGAUAGAGGUGACGCUGACGACAGAGGCGAUGACAGAGGCGACGGUGACGACAGAGAUGGUGGCGGUGACGAGGGGGGAGAUGGUGGAGGCGGUGAGGGGGGGGGGGAUGGUGGACGGAGCGGGGGCCGUGGCGAUAGGGUUGACGAGCGUGUGGACGGCGAUUUUAUGCCCCGUGGUCGCUACGUUUUGAAGCGGUUGAGACACGGGGGUAGGCGGGAUGACAGUAUUGCGUUUCGUGUACGCAGACGUCCUGUCCACAUUGCGAUUGACACGGGGGCACGUGACAUGCGGCAGGACCCGGUUGCCGUGUCAGAGGACGAGAUGGGAGAUCCUUCCAACGAGACGCAGCGCGAACCGGUUCAUGCAGAGGAACUAGCCUCGAACACUGAUGUGAUAGUGACGGAGGAGGAUACAGGGUUCAGGAUCACUCAUCCCUGGUCGCCAGUGCCGGUUGUUGGCAUUGAGGAGGAGACGGAGUUCGGAGGACCCGGUCCACUCCAGCAGGAGCCCCAGUCCACUCCACAGGAACGGGUUUGGAGGACGGCGAGGCACGACGCCGCGCUGAGCGCAUUGCCUACGAGGUCUUUCUACGACGGUGCGGGCAUGGACCGGAGGACGGGCGAUAUCGGACAGACAUCAGCAUAUGAACCGACAGAUGUGCCCGUGAGGGCGCGAUCGAUCGGCAACGUCGAUGGCACUUGUCAUGAUUCCAUGAGAGCUUACGAGGAGCAGCAUGGGAGGCCUAUACGGGCCAAGACGAGCGAUGUCAACGACACCAGGAUGGCAACUGCGAGGCUGUCACGGGAGAGGAAGAAGGGAACAGGGACGAGACCAGACAGAUGCCAGCUGCCGCAGAUGGACAGGGGGGGGCGGAGGGAGGUGACAGAGUGGACGAAGCAGGUCGAGUUGAGAAGAGACGAGGCGGCACGAUCAUCCUCCACGACGACAGCUCCAGAGCCGCUGAAGGCGGUGGCCCCACAGGCGCCGAUGAUCCUGAUGGCUCCAAUUACGUCCCGAGGAUCCGUACGGCGGACGGAGACGACAGCGGAGGUCAUCGCGUGAGGAUGGGGACUGGACCUGGCCCGGAUGGUCAUUGCACCCCAGCGGCACAUUUGCCGCCUAUUGAUCG